AUGUCUUCACAACUGCCUGAUAAAUUGCUAGACAAACUCGCAACUCUAGACAAGACCAUUCUCUCAUUCUGGCAACACAAACAGCAAUCCAUUCGACAAUUCAAACACUGGUUCGAUUUAUCGGUGGAACCUUAUGUUUCUAUUGAGGAUUUUCCAACCCUAUUGAAAACCAUCUCAUCAGGAAAUGUUUUCUGUGGCAGAGAAAAAUUGUGCGGUUCUGAAUGUUAUGAAAGGAUUGUGAAACAUUUGGGUGAUUAUGUAAAAUUAGUAAGAGAGUUGUUUCCAGAGUCGAAUGUUAGGAUAUUUGAUGAUGAAUAUUAUGCAGAUUCGUGGGAAGGAGGUUUUGGAUCAUCGGAAGUGGUAUUUAUGGUAGAGGGAAAGUUUGCCUUGUUCUUUUGGGAGAAGGGUGAUUGGUAG